AAAAAAGUCUUGCGAGUGAGAUUUUGCGAGAUGUGUAUAAACUAGGUUGCUUCUGCAUAGAAGUGCAACAGCAUACGUUCACCUAAUUUUCUGAGCUUUAGGUCACGCCUCAGAUGAUAAUCCACCACUGUAACGCUGUAGAUAGGUCAGAAAACAAAGAAAAGCACUGUGGGCUCUUUAAUGGGAACUUUAAUUGAACAAAAACAAAGACUUCAGUAGUUUACCCAGAAAAAUAACAGGGAUCAGUGAGUGGUCUUUCAAGCACAUUUACAGCUCAUUCACACUUCCUUGGCUGCUGAUUGGUCGAGUGAACAUGCUGCUGAAUGCAGUCGGUCCAUUAGCCACAUGAUGUCACAUUCACUGAGAACAUCAGCGACUCUGCUCGAGGAAGGAAAAUGCCCACUCAGCAGUUUAGUUUAUGAACUUCUCUCUUCCUGCUUCCUGUGCAGAAGGCAGCUCAUUGGCUGAGGGCAGUGUCCUCAGAGCAGCAACAACCAAUAAGCAGAGUACAGAGCAAGCCAACCCUGCCCCCUCUGUUGCCACAACAACAGGUCUGGUGUAUGAUGAGAGGAUGAUGGAGCACCUGAACAUGUGGGACAGACAUCACCCUGAGCAGCCGCAGAGAAUCGCCAAGAUCUUCUCCAAACAUCAGCAGCUGGGGUUGGUGAGUCGUUGCCAAGAGAUACCAGCUCGCUUAGCGACGGAGGAGGAGCUGUCCAUGUGUCACAGGUAAUUACUUUUCAUAAAGCUGUACUGACACACGGAUGUAUCACUGGUUGAAGACCAACUCCUACAGUUCUGUGAAAGUAAAUUAUUACAUUUGGUCCUUCUGAGUCAGAAUCAGAAUCUGCUUUAUUGGCCAGGUGUGUCGGACACACAAGGAAUUU